CGCCACCGGGUUCAGUCGCAUUUUCACUAGCAAGGAAAACGCGCGCGCAAUACCGGCAGCUUCGGUUGAAUCAGAAGCUGUUCCUGACAUGCCGUUGACCGUUGGCCGGAAAGCAGUCACGCGAAUUUUCUGGCUUGAUUCAGAGUGGGGUACCAAACCACGGGAGAUUAAUGUUGUAAGAUUAGAUCGAGUGAAGUUGUCAGUGAAAGAGUGAGUGAUUACUGUGAUGUUCUAAUCCCAAAAACGGAGCUUCGUUGAUGUUGGAUUUGCUGUAUUAAGUUCAAAUUCAGUGUACCAUUCGUGAAAGGAUAUGGAAACGGGUGCUGCCAGAUACACUGCCUGUGAUCAGAGCGCAUACCGAAGAUCUAUAAAUUUCGUGAACGUGUCCCUUUGCUUUUGAGGUGCUGCAAAAUUGUGAUAACAGUUUGUGAAUGGCUGAUGGAAAGUGAAAGUGAAAAGUUAAUUCACAUUUUCCGGCGUUGCAAAAAUGUAUGUGUGAGGAAAGUGGCUCAUUGAUAUUGAAUUUACUGAAAUCCGAUCGGACGGAUUACGAAAUACGUACGCCAGAGCAGUUGCUGAUUGUACAAACCAGAGAUCGUGCGAGGAAUAAACGAAAGAAUGCGUGUAGCGGAUUCAAUCGCCUUUCAUUAUGCAAAUAACAACACAUUGAACACGAGCGAUGUUCAAAUUGUCAAAGAACAAGACGCUCUGUACGAUGUUCCCGUGGGUCUGAUCGUGCUACUGUCCGUGUUCUACGGAACCAUCAGUAUUCUAGCUGUGAUAGGCAAUUCGCUCGUAAUAUGGAUCGUCGUCACAACGAAACAGAUGCAAACUAUUACGAACAUGUUUAUAGCGAACCUAGCCCUGGCGGACGUCACGAUCGGAAUGUUUGCCAUCCCGUUUCAGUUUCAGGCAGCGCUCUUGCAGCGCUGGAACCUUCCCGACUUUAUGUGCCCCUUCUGUCCGUUCGUGCAGCUGCUCAGCGUUAAUGUUUCGGUGUUCACGCUGACGGCGAUCGCUGUCGAUCGACAUAGGGCCAUAAUUAAUCCACUUAGAGCUCGAACUUCGAAGAAUAUCUCCAAGUUCGUAAUCAGUGCCAUCUGGAUAUUGUCGUUCGCGCUGGCCGCUCCGACAAUUUUCGCCCUUCGGGUCAUUCCUGUGUCGAUGGUUGCACUAGGUGACACCAACGACACAUACAUCAACAUAACGAAACCUUUCUGCCAGGUGGUCAACUUCGAGGAAUCCGAAAUGCUCCUGUACCGGUACAUUCUUACGCUGGUGCAGUACUUCGUUCCCCUGUGUGUCAUCAGUUUCGUUUACAUUCAAAUGGCCUUCCGGCUGUGGGGAUCGAAAACGCCCGGAAAUGCGCAAGAUUCACGGGACAUGACGAUGCUGAAAAAUAAGAAAAAGGUAAUUAAAAUGCUAAUCAUCGUGGUAGCUCUGUUCGCAAUUUGUUGGUUUCCGCUGCAGCUGUACAACAUUUUGAACGUUACCUGGUCGGAAGUGAACGAGUAUCGCUACAUCAACAUAAUUUGGUUUGUGUGCGACUGGUUGGCGAUGAGCAACAGCUGCUACAAUCCGUUUAUCUACGGAAUUUAUAAUGAAAAGUUCAAACGCGAGUUCCGCAAGCGUUAUCCAUUCCGAGGCCGGAGUCAACACGGCUACCACCAUGAACAGUCGACUGAUAAAAAUCUAUCUAUGUUUACACGUGUCAGCUCGAUUCGGUCCAGUUACGCCACAUCAUCGAUACGCAACAAGUUCUCCACCAGGCCGCUGCCGGCCACGGGCGGCGGCUUCGGAAUGGGAUACGGUGGCGUAGGCGGAGGCGGAGGAUACUAUCAGAACCACUGUCACGAACAACUACAACAAGCUCCCCCACCUCAGAGGCACCCGCAGCAGCAGUACAAAUCGUCAACUUCCGAUGGUCGGAACGGUUCCGAGCAACGCAAAACCAACAGCACUUUCUGGGAACCGAAAGGGUGUUCCUGUCAGUUGCAGUGCAGAAAGGCUUUAGCGAAAGCUAGUGCAGAGCCGAAUGGUUUAUUUUCACAAGAAAUUUUCACCUCAGCGAUUUCCGAUCAAGUUGACCAAAGCUUGAUACCACAUCACUCGGACGAGGAUGGCAGUGAGGAGCAGCUGAAGUUAAAGUUGAAUCAUCCCCAUCCGGACACCACCGACGACCAGCGGGAAUCGGACGAUAGUUUGCUACCAACUUUAGUUCAUCUGGCCCGACGGAAGGACAAGUCUCACUUGCACUGCGAUAGUUUGCAAAGUCACCACCAUCAUCAAUUCAACUAGAUAAUUGUACAAAUCUUUUUCAACAACUCUGCCAUUCCCUCCGGCUCUGAACUGUUUGU